CCUCUCUCAACCCGUUACCGCCCUCCCCCGGCUCUGCGCACGCGCGGUAGGGCGGGGCUUCAGGACGCACGCGCGGGGACGGGCGGGCCUGGAGGCUCCAUCCGUUUCCCAAUUCUCCAGGAUGAGAGAGGUUUGGGUCCAGCUUUCCCCCUCUCCCUGUAGUUGAUAGUUUCAGAACCAGAGGUGAUGCUGGAUUCAAGAUGGCAGACAGUGUGAAAACCUUCCUUCAUGACCUUGUCAGGGGAAUUAAGGACUCCAUCUGGGGCAUCUGCACCAUCUCCAAACUGGAUGCCCGGAUCCAGCAGAAAAGGGAAGAGCAGAGGCGAAGGAGAGCAAACAGCGCGCUUGCCCAGCGGAGGUUUCACAUGGAAGAGAAGAAGCAAGAGAGCGAACCCCGGAUCGUAAGCCGGAUAUUUCAGUGCUGUGCCUGGAACGGCGGGGUGUUCUGGCUCAGUCUCUUCUUGUUUUACCGAGUAUUUAUUCCUGUCCUUCAGUCUGUCACAGCACAGAUCAUUGGUGAUCCCUCCUUGCACGGCGACGUCUGGUCUUGGCUGGAGUUCAUUCUGACCUCCAUUUUCAGCGCCCUCUGGGUCCUGCCCCUCUUUGUGCUCAGCAAGGUCGUCAAUGCCAUCUGGUUUCAGGACAUUGCGGAUCUGGCAUUCGAGGUUUCUGGCAGAAAGCCUCAUCCCUUUCCCAGCGUCAGUAAAAUCAUUGCAGACAUGUUGUUUAACCUCUUGCUGCAGGCGCUCUUCCUCAUCCAGGGCAUGGUCGUCAGCCUCUUCCCCAUCGACCUGGUGGGCCAGCUGGUCGGCCUGCUCCACAUGUCGCUGCUGUACUCGCUCUACUGCUUCGAGUACCGCUGGUUUAACAAGGGAAUCGAAAUGCACCAGCGGUUAUCCAACAUCGAGAGGAACUGGCCCUAUUACUUUGGCUUCGGCUUGCCACUGGCGUUCCUGACGGCGAUGCAGUCCUCCUACAUCAUCAGUGGUUGCCUCUUCUCCAUCCUUUUCCCUCUCUUCAUCAUCAGCGCCAACGAAGCCAGGACGCCGGGCAAAGCCUACCAUUUCCAGCUCCGUCUCUUCUCCCUGGUGGUUUUCCUCAGCAACAGACUCUUCCACAAGACGGUUUACCUGCAGUCUGCCCUGAGCGGCGCCUCCGCCCAGCCCUCUCCUGCUAAGCACCCGGCCGCCACAGGGCGCUGAGCCUGGCUGGGGUUUCGGGGAGACCCUGCCCCGUGCAUGCUCUGCUCGGGUAGCGCUCGGACACAAAAAACCUGGGGAUUUGGGGGCCGGUUUAUGGAUUUUUCUCUAGUAUUUUCACACUGAAACAUUAAAUGGAGAAACCACGAUUUGC